CUCUCUCUCUCUCUCUGGGCUGAGCUGGUGAUGUAUCCCAGCAGCCCCGUAGCAACAGGAGACCUGGUAUAAAAAGCCGUGUCGCGGGGAAACCCUCUCGAGUGUCUCUCAGCCACAGCAUGACCAGGGCCAGGAGCCUGAGAGUGUGGACUUAGAAAACAAUGCCCAGCCUAAUCGUCGAACCAGUCAACACACAGCACUUCAUCAUGGACAGAGAUGACAGGAAGAGAAACAAGAACAUUGGAAAGAACUUUAUGUGCCGACUCCAGUGCAUGUUCUCACACUCGUCAAGCUCUGAGAGCAGGCUAAGUUUAGAAGAUACCCAACAAUGGUCACAGUCACUGGAAAAGCUUCUGGAGUCUAAAUAUGGGCUUGCCACUUUUCGCACCUUUCUGAAGUCCGAGUUCAGUGAUGAAAACAUCGAGUUCUGGCUCACCUGCGAGGAUUACAAGAAAAUCAAGUCUUCGUUCAGAAUGUCCUCGAGGGCCAAGAAGAUAUACGAACAGUUCAUCAAGGCAGAAUCUCCAAAAGAGAUCAACAUUGAUUAUCACACCCGGGAGCAGAUCAAGAGGAAUGUCAAGACUCCCACCAUGCACUGCUUCGAUGACGCUCAGAAGAUAGUUUAUGGGCUGAUGGAGAGAGACUCGUAUCCGCGGUUCCUCCGUUCGGACAUUUAUAGAACCCUCCUGGAAAACCUUGCCGCUGACGCCAUGAAGGGAUGAAAACAGCACCGGGGGCAGAGGGACAGAACAUAAAAAACCCUAACUGGAAUGUUUGGGCUCUUUCGGGAGGGAGGAGCGGCCGCUGGAGGGAAGGAAGGAGGGUCGACCCUCUCGGCACACAGACAGAUACAGAGGCCUUGCACCUCGGCAUCGUCACUAGAUCCAGAAGCAAACUGUGCCACGGUAACGCAACGGGAGGAUCCCAACGCCGAGCACCGCGCCACCGGAGGACUGUCUAAACAAGAGGAGGAGGCAAGACAACCCUGAAUGCCAACGAUGCUAAUGGCUCUGUAGUGUCUGUUUGCAGUGGAUGAUAAGUUUGUGUGUGUAGGGGGAAUAGAACUUGUUUGACAAUGAAUGAAUCACCGGGUGACUGACGCCCGCUCUGACCACGGAGCUGCGUCAGCAAACCAAGCAGCGGCCCUCCUUCACCCGUCUUUGCAGAGGUGUUUCCUGUGCAGAUAAAGAUAGAGGAUGUAAGAUGCAAUGGUCACACUUAGUUUGGGUGAGUCUGUGUGUGUGUGUGUGUGUGUGUGUGUGUGUGUAUGAGAGAGAGAGAGAGAGAAAGAGAGAGUAUAGUUGCAAGAUGUAUCCUUUAACUGUCAGUGCCACAUAAUGGGUCGCUGCUAUAAGAAUUUAUCUUCGGCAACUUAGCUGAUGACUGCACUAAGGAAGACAACAAAUCCACAGAGGACCGAGGACUCAAUAGCGAUGCGCCGCCUUUAGCAAAGGGUUGCAGAAGGCCACUCCGUUUGUCAUGGGGAGGGGGUGGGGGUGGGUGGGGGGGCAUUCUGGGACACUUUUUCAAGGCGAUUCAAACUAAAGCUCGACCACUGUGGGUCUCUGAAGGCCGAUGCCGAAAAUUCUUGAGUUCAAACUGCCAGUAGCUGAUAUUUUGUGCCAAUGUUUGACAUCUUUUUCACGCUGAAAAAAACUUCCAAAAUAGGUCAAGUAGUCAGUGUUUCUCUCUCUCUGUCAUUUGUGAUCAUAGUAAGACAUAUUCAUGCGUAAUUGUGUGGAACGUGAUCAAAACACAUUAGAGGCAAUUUAGGUUUAAGAGCAUAGAUAACUAGAUGAAUUGAUGAAUUGCACAAUAAAAUAAAUGUAAUCCAAUAAAGUACAUCAUAUCCAUUGCAUUAGAGGUAGAAAACACUGACUGAGCAAGAUCUGAUUUUUUUUUAAUAAUAACCAAAUAUCAGUCCAAAACAUCGGUCCAGUCCUUAUUCUUAUUAUACUGACAUGUCAGUGAGACAUGACGAGUUGUGAUUUUCAGUGCUAAUUUAUUUGAGUGGAAUUAUUGUAGAAAUGGGAUGUUUCACAUUGCAUGAUGAUAUUUUAGUUUCCUUGUAUAUCCUGAGAGUAUGCCUUUUAUUGCUUCCCAAAAGCAUGUUGUUUGAAUGUAUUAGUAGGGAGUUGAUACUUAAGUUAACUUAAGAGUUAAAGGUUGUAUUAUUUAUUGUACAUUGCCACCAUUUGAGUACAAAGUUUGUUGUAGAUUAUUGAAGUGCUUGUAAAAAUGGUACUGAUUUGGUUGCCAUUAAAUUAUUCA